CAUCCCCUGUUCCGUGUUCCCUGUCGCGUGUCUACCUCUCUGUUUCUCUAUUUCUCUUUGUCGCUCUUAUUACCUAGAACCUCUGUCUCUCGCGCUCUCGAUAUCGUUCUCCUCGUCGAGUUCGCGAUCAGAGAGACCCGUGACGGGUUUCUCUCUCAGUCUCUCGCGAAAAGCGGUUUCGUGGCGACGUACCGUUGCACUCGAUAGAUCGUGGCUGGUCCAGACACGAGCGAAGACCUGACCUAUCUAAAUUUUCAUCGCUCGGCGCGGCGCGGCGGUCCGGUUGAUCUGGUCUGUUUGUCCGAUACGAGUUUCAAAGCCGAGUUACAAGAUGAUCGUGGUCGGUGCGUGGUUCAUGGGAGAUGAUGAGUCGCGGUAGGAAGAAAACGUGGUGGCUGGUUGGCCGAGAUAACGGCGAAGAAGGGAUUACGAGACGGCUGAGAAACAGUGUAUUGCUAUUUUCGAGACGCCGUGGAGCCUGGCCAACGCGUGCGUCCGGUUUACGAGUGUACGAUGUUGGAAGGUGGACGUGCAGUGAUCUGGCUCCUUGUAUCAGCCCUACAAGCUGCACGCCACCCGAAAGAUUCACCUACUAACCCAGUUGCACCUGUUUGAACCCACCAGUUGCAGAGUCCUGCACCGUAACCCCAUGACGCGUUUAACACAUGGCCCGCCUGGAGACGAACAAGCAUCGAAGACUUAGCCGACAAAUAUUACAAGAGAAACGUUCACAUUUUCUCACCUGUUAUCCAAUGGUUAUUGCUAAUUACUAGAUUUACAUGUGUCAGCUGUAUGCAAUGGAGUAAGGGUAAAAAAGUACCAAGUAUAGUAGUGCAUAAAGGCAGCAGGUCGCACAGUCGACCUGAAAGUCCCACGGUGGUGGUGCGAGGAGGAAUGCCAUCAGUGUCAUCCUCCAGGCAAGGCUUCGUCGUAGGUGAACGCUCGAACGCGUUGUAUCGGAACAGUUCAGAGUCGGAUAUGAUAGACGGGAAUGUCAGUCCGAAUGUCGCCACUUCUCCAACAUCGAAUUCGAUCCAGCAUCGUGUAUCGCCCUCUUGUCCCCCCGAUAAAACGGACACAGAGAAUAAAAACUUUCGUAACAGGACGAAUACGAAAGUGAAGCUGUUGGUUAGGAGCCAUGCUAUGAGAGAAUCGACCUCUCCACCGAGGGAACCGCACAACGGUUCCUCGUCUCCGCAUAGUCCUCAAUCGGUGGACGGCGAAAAGAAACUUUCCGCGGGUAGCCUGUCAUCUAAUUCCACUAACGCAAAGCUCAAUAACAACGAGUCAAUGUUCAAUAGUAAUCUUUAUCCGAAUCAAUCCCCGAAGCAAAUGCGUAACACGGCCACUUCGCCUACUUGUCGAGCUCCAUCGCGAAACGCCUUCUUUUUGCAUUUCGUUCGGAUAGGUCAAUCUAGUCCUUCUCAACUUCAUUCACCAAAGAAUCAUACAUCUCCAACGAACGGCAAUAAGUCGGAGAAUCAUCGUUCCAAGAUGACAGGCUCGAACGUGAUCCAAAAAUACAAUAACUGCGUGAAAAACAAUCAAAACGAUCGACCAGGCCUGCUACAGACACCCGUAUCCCCAUCGAAGUCUGGUCAGGCGUUACAGCACUCGCCAAAGAGCACGAACCUGGCCCAAAAUGCGCAAAACAAUCAACAAAAAUCGGAACAACGUAGGCCGAACACGUUGAACAUUUGCAACAACCACUGUAACAACGCACAGUGUGGCAAUACUCUGUCUGUGAGCAGAUCAGGCUCGAGGCAUAAAUUGAGGCAUCAAAAUUCUUCCCAGGGUAGUUUUGACAGUGCUUCGCCAUGCCUAUCGCGAGAUAGCAGUACGGAAUUGUACACGGACAGUACCGGGAUAGAUCUGGAGCAUUUCAUCGCGGAAACUAUAAAUCGUAAUCAAAAGGAUCGCACGGUGCUGUUGAAAAUAGAGAAAGACUUGAUAGAAUUUGCGAGGGAUAAACAGAAAGUCUGUCAUAAAUUUCCAAACAUGUCAUCGUACAAUAGAAUGUUGGUACAUCGCGUGGCCGCUUAUUUCGGAAUGGAACACAACGUUGAUCAGUCAGGUUCCAGUGUCAUAGUUACUAGGACAAAGAACAUGCGAAUUCCGAAUACUCGUUUCAAGGAACACAUUAGAGACGAUUUAAUUCUGUCGGAGGAACCUCGUCGAAGUAUUUUGAAACGAGAUUCCAGUUCGUUCGAAGACAGUUUCAAUUUCAAGUCCCCUGACAGAAUGUCCGGUGAUUAUUGUCGACAAAACAAGAGUUUCGAGGAACGAGAGGAGGAAUACGAACGCGCUAGACGAAGGAUAUUCAAGGAUAGCAGUGGAGAGAGUGGCGAAGUUACUUCCUGGCCAUAUUGGUCCUCUUCGGAAAGUUCUGAUGUUUCUGCGAGAUACCGUUUGUUGCAUCCUUCGGACCACACCAUCAGACAAAUGAAACUCACGAAAGGAGAAUCUUUUGAUGGAAGAGAAUCUUGUCGAGGUUCUAUAUUGAGGCCAUCGGUUUCCAAGUCGUUCAGUUUUGGUGGUUACACCAGGGGUAUGCUUUCUAGAGGGGACAGUGUCACAUCUACUCACAGCGCAGGAGCUCGACUUAUGAAGCAAGAUUCAGGUGCUAGUAUGUGUUCACGACUGAGUCCUUCGAGUAGCGGUUACAAGUCACAAAGCCAGCGUAGCGACGCAACGAUAUCGCCUUCUCCUUCGCCAUCUCCUGUGGCAAACAUGACGUGCAGUCAUACCCAAGUAUCUAGUCAGGAUCUCGCAUCGCCAGAGUCUAAUAACCAAACGGUAAUGUGGGCAGUCACUAAUAUAUCCAGUGUACCGCCUGGUAGCAUAAUCAUAAACCCCCAAACCAAUCAGCCAUACACGAAUCCGGAUGGUUCGAUUUAUCGAUUCGAUCCGGAGAAUCCACCAAAAUUUUAUACGGCUCCAUCCUCGCAAGAGAGCAAUGGAAACAACGCGUCGCCUGUUAAAAGCGUAGAAACAUCCGAGCCAUGCAAAGUUACGAAUAAUAUAAAGAAUGAGAAUAAGAAGAAAUCACAAUGCAGCAAACAUGCUAGUAGCAAUACAACUACAGUUACUCGUGUGACAAACUCUGCUACGUCACCGAGUUUGCCAUUUACACCGCCGCCGCCACCACCACCGCCACCACUACCACCGCAACAACAGCAAAAUUUAGGACCAUCGCCGUUACAGCAGCAACAUCAACAGCAACAUCAGCAGCAACAGCAACAGCAACAGCAACAAACUCUAGUCAAAUCGUCAUCGACGAUGCAAACUUGUAAUCAUAACCAAACAGCUCAACCAUAUUCGACUUACCCACCUACCUCAGAAACAUACAACCACGGUGUUUUUCAACCCCAUGUGGGUCAGCAGACUGUGAUGAUGGCUCCUCAUCCGAGUCAGGGUCAGGCGAACGUUCCGAAUAAUGGUCAAGGGGAUGUAUACAAUCAGAAUUCAAUUUAUACGAAUUAUACAGCAGUACCUGUACAGCAAGGACCAGUAUCGCAAACAACAGAAGUAACUGAAUUAUCGGGAUAUUUUAUGGGUAUGAGUAUCUAUGAUCAACGUGUAGCAGGAGAAAAUCACUCUACACCACCUCAUUCUUAUCCACAACCACAGCCAUCUGCGAAUCAGACAAUGCAAAGUAUGCAGACUAUGCCACAAAAUUAUUGGCAACCACCACCGCCCAAUUCAAUGCCACCGCAACAAACAAUGUAUUUUGUACCUCCACCUGGUGCAGCACUUACAGUUAGUCAGGGUCCAGCUGAUAGGCAACAGUUGCAUCAACAGCAAAGAUUCACGACAAAUUAUUCUUUUAAUGCACAAACUAUGACUCCUCCGAGCCAAUCAAACUCUAAUUAUGUGGGCAGCUAUCCAGUACCUUACAAUUCGAUGCCUACCGUGACACCAACACCAGGCGAUUACACGUACCAAGCUCCGGUUCACAUGGUCCCCACGUACUACCCACCAGGUCAAGCGACGAUUCAGCCACCACCUGUCAUGUAUAGAGUACCUACUCCACCAAAUACUCCAACUUCUAAUCAGAUGUCUGGAAUGCCAUUGAUGUACGUUAAUUCUGGCAGCUAUCCACCACCAACAAUGGUAUCAAAUGGAACCUUCGGUCACCAAGUUGGGCAUAAUGGCACGUCACCGGCGCCUCCUGGAACGUAUAUAACUCCCGCGCUGGUUCCUAAUCUGGUUUUCAGGCAAAAUGUUCCUGUUGUUGCCGGUGUUCGAGCUUCGACACCAGGUAAUUCUCAGAGAACAAGCAGGUCGCCGACUCCAGCACACGAACUCUUCGGAAGUGGGAGCGGGGACAGAAACGCACAACCCCAACCACGCUACCCACUGCCAAUGUAUCAGGGUGUUCAUAUUGUGCAAGGGGAUAUGAGAUUGAUGCAUCCAGGAGUACCAGCUAACCCGCGGUUGCAAUAUGCACCAGUACCAUCACCACCAGUUGUUCAGGGCUGUCCACGACCUUACAGACCACCUUCGUACUCGUCGAACGCCUCAGGCGCUGGUACACCCACCUCGUUUGAUGGAAGAAAUCAGAAGAUUCGUAAACAGAGGUCCAAAGUAACACAAUUAUCAUCAACCGGCGCGCGGUCCAAUAAUCUCUAUCAAACACCUUCCAUGCCAUCGCUUUCGUCUAAUGUACCGAAAGAUAUCAGAGAAGGGGAUAAACCAAGUGGAAUCCAUCCAGAAGCUUCGCUUACGGUGAUUGUACUUCAGGACGUAGGUGAAGGGUGUGCCUAUCUUUUUAUGAGAAGUCAAGCGUCGAAGAACGCGCGCAAUCGCUACCUUUUAUCUACCCUACGACAACGAGCGAACUAAAAGGAGAGGGCACUAUUACUUUCUUCUUAAGUGGAAGCGUGAUAAAUUAAAUUAAAAAGUUGUAGGUUUAAAAAUCGCUGGACAAAACAUGAAAGAAAGGAAGAGAGAGAAAGAGAGUGUAUGUAUGUGUGUGUGUGUGAGAGUGAGAGAGAGCGAGAGCUGAACGGAGAUAUCCAAUGUUUCAAUUAUAAAGAGAUGGGCGCACAACCGUAGUGUUUAACUGUACCUAAAGUCGUCGUAGUGAUUAAUGAAGAUAAUUGUACCUAUAAAAAAAAGAAGACAGUUUACGAAUCUCUCUAAGACACAAUUAAAAAAGAAAAUGACACAGAAUUAUCGGCUAUCCGAGAGAGAAACCGUCUGCAAAUAUUGUUGAGUGUUUCAUUAUAUCAUCGAGUUAUCAAGAAAGGAUAAAAAGAAAAGGAUUUACAGCGUGAUAUAAAUUUAAGUACGAACGGUAGUUCGCAGACAGUUACACUGACGUCUAACAGCCGAACGAAAGUCAUCAUUGCAAUUGCACACUCACAUUUAUUUAUUUUUCAUUUUGCUCGUCGUACGCUUUUAUAAGGUCGUUCGAUGGAUCUGCUGCGCUCCUAAAUUGAAAGGGUUACUUAUUUUUAAUAGUGACUAAAUUGCUUAUUUGAAAGUUCAACAAUAACUAUAGUUUCGUUUUAUCUCCGUUUGUUGAUAUUUUGAAUUAAUACAUGGAAAAUGGAAAAUUGAAGUAUUAGAUUUAAAAAUUUGUAAAAAGUUGAAAGAUGAGUCAACAGAUUUAUCGAGGGAAUCAGAAGGGAUUUCGUAACAUCGCCUGGACUAUUUCUAAAGAAAAAAAAAAAAAAAAAAACGCGAGCGGAGAAAAGAAGAAAGAGAACGUCGAGGAGAUUGGCUCGAGGAGCAUUGAAUUAACGAUACGAAAAUACGAUCGAGAAGAACGGGUGAUAAAAGUCCGCAAGACCUCAACGUUCGUUUCCUACUAUUUUUGUAUGCAUAACGUAAAAAGGAGAUUGAUGGUAGUGAGAAUAAACAGUUCAAGUAUGAGAGAGAGGGAGAGGAUGAUCGAAAUGGUGAAGAUAGAUAAUUGAGGAUGAGAAUUGAAGUACGCGUGAAAGAUUGAUGCUUUUCGUUUUUUUCCCAGGAGUUGCUAUUUCCUGAUCACCUUUCGUUGAUCGCGUCGCUCAUGCCUUUUUCAGAUCACAUGUUUUUCUUUCUUGCAUUUUCUGUACUCAGCUCUGAUUCUUGAUACUAACCCUUUGGUACUUCACGUAUGUAUACCUUUCAGGCACAUAUCUGUAAUAUUUUGAUUCGAGUACCUUUCUAUUUUUCUUACGCUUUGUAAUAAAAUAAUUAUUUUCUACAACAAAGAUCGCAUAACAUGAAAAGAUCGAAGUGCAAAGGGUUAAAGAAGGAAAUUUGUCUUUUUUUUUCAAACAAGCAUAAUUCUAAUUAAAAUUGUAUCGUUCGUCGUAGAAGUUGAUGCUUCGCGAGAAGUGGCGACAAUUUUAUUUUAAUCCUUUGGUUAUGGCUAAGUUAGAUUUUAUGCAUCACGUACUAUUUUUUAAAUUAAAUCAACAUCACAAGUUAAUUUUAAUUUUAACAAAUAUCAUUAAUAUUCGUCGCUUCUUGCAUAGCAUCUACACAAGUAGCGUUAGUAGAUCGGAGAUCGGUAACUUAAUCAUAGUAAUCUCGCAUUCAUUCUUUAUUUUUUCUUGAAAACUCUGUGCGGGACGCAGAAAACAAACAUCGAUUCAUUUGUUACCGGUCUUCUUAAUCGUCUAGCUGGCGUGAACUCGUUGUUUCGUUGACGAAAGUGUAUGAAACGCGAUGAUUAUUGUGAAUAUAUUUGAAAGUUCGAUCUCGAUUGAAUUGAACAAGGAGGACGAGUUCUGAGCAAGUUGCAUCGUAUAUUUCCCUUCUUUAUAAAAUAUAUGUACUUGAUUAAUUUAUCGUUUCUUUAGUUGGACAUAUCACAUGGGAUAGGAACAAACGAUGGCUGUGCCUUUAUGCUUAAAUAUUAUAUGUUAGAUGAUUUUUUUUGUUUUAAUCUUGAUCCUUGUUCCUUGUCCUCCGUCAAGAAUUCGAAUGGUAAAUCAACCAAAGGUAUCUUAUGUUUGUUAGAAAAUAAAGGCAAGAGAUCGUCAAAUGUAUUCACUGAUUCUUUAGGGGGUGCAUACCUGAAUGAGAUGUUAACUCUUUGAGACUCGAAAAGAUUGAAUCUUUUAUUAUCAUAUUAAGUUGAUGCAGAAAAAUUUGUCGUAUUUCAUAUACGUAUACAGAACAUUUUGUGUAUUCGAGAAAAAAAUCAAUUUUGAUUCUCAGAGAGUAGUAAAAAAGGUAAUUGAGGAGACGCGUGUGUGCGAGUUGAAAAAGAAGGGAACACCAUGGGGAAAAUUAAGAAAAAAUCGAAGAAUUUGUUUAUGUAUAGAUCGCGAAGGUGACCGAGAAGGUGAAUUGCAAUUAAAUAGGAAUCGUAUGGUGGAAACAAAGAGCUACACUACCAACCCAAAGAUGCACAACAUCAUAGAGAGUCGGACAAUUUGAUAGAAGUCAUGUCAGUCUAAUUAUAUUUCUUGUUAUAUUAUAUACAUAUAUAUAUAUAGUAUAUAUAUAUAUAUCUCAUAUUUUCCAAAAACGAAUUAUAUAUAAUUCAAUAAAAAAGAAGACACUCUCGUUUGAUACUUUG